CAACCAGCCCAAUCCGCCCGGCCAUUACUUCCAGUACUAGCAUACUCCUAAACACCGGUGGCCAAGAAGACGUGGGGAGCGUUCUACUAGCAACAAACUUAAGCACGUCGACCAUGGCCAAGAAGAAGCUGCCGCAGAGGCUCAUCUCCACCUUGCUCUCCCUCAUCUUCCACGGGGGGCCACGGCUCUCAAGCAGCAAGGGCACCGCGUUCCCAUCCUCGCUGCUGCAGCGACAGUACCCUCCCAUGGCAAGUGACAGGCUCGCCGCCGCGCGAACCCUCGUCGUCGACGUCGACGGCGGCCUCCUCCGCUCGUCACACUCCGGCCUCUUCCCCUACUUCAUGCUCGUGGCGCUGGAGGCGGGAGGGCUCCUGCGAGGCGCCGUGCUCCUGCUCCUCUACCCUCUGCUCUGCUGCGUGGGCAUCGGCGGCGACCUGGCGCUGAGGGUCAUGGCCAUGGCGGCCUUCUGCGGCCUCCAGGAGAGCCGGUUCCGCGCCGGCCGCGCCGUGUUGCCCAAGUGGUUCAUGGAGGACGUGGCCAUCGAAGCGUUCGAGGCGAUGAGAGGCGCCAAGAGGAGGGUCUGCGUGACCAAUAUGCCCAGGGUGAUGGUGGAGGGGCUCCUGAGGGAAUAUCUCGGGGCGGACGUGGUAGUCGGCAGGCGGAUGAAGGUGCUCUGUGGGUUCUACACCGGUCUCAUGGAGGAGGAGGAGGUGGCGUUGGAGAAGAAGAAGAUCAUGCUGGAGAGUGAUGCUGUGGGCCUCUCUGGCUCCUUGGAGUUUCUCCAACAUCCUCUUUCAAAUUGUUGCAAGGAGGUCUACCACGUGACACAGGAGGACAAGGCCAGGUGGCAAGCGCUGCCAAGGGCCAAGUACCCGAAGGCCAUGGUGUUCCACGACGGCCGGCUCGCGUUCCGGCCAACCGCCGGCAGCACGCUGGCCAUGUUCAUGUGGCUCCCUAUCGGCGCCGCUCUGGGUGCCGCCCGUCUCGCCGUCGCGCUCACCGUGCCGUACAGGUACUCUACGCCCAUCCUGGCGGGCACCGGCAUGUCGUGGCGGCUCAAGGGGGAGCGGCCGGGUCCCCCGCCUGGCCACGGCCGCGGCCGCGGGCAGCUGUUCGUGUGCAACCACCGCACGCUCAUCGACCCGGUGUACGUCUCGGUGGCGCUGGACCGGCAGGUGCGCGCCGUGUCGUACAGCCUCAGCCGGCUGUCGGAGCUCAUCUCGCCGAUCGGCCGCACCGUGCGGCUGACGCGCGACCGCGACAGCGACGGCCGUGCCAUGGCGCGCCUCCUGGACCGCGGCGACCUCGUCGUCGUCUGCCCCGAGGGCACCACCUGCCGUGAGCCGUACCUGCUGCGGUUCAGCCCGCUGUUCGCCGAGCUCAGCGACGACGUUGUCCCGGUCGGCACCGCCGUCGAUACGGCCAUGUUCUACGCGACGACGGCGGGCGGGUUCAAGUGCCUCGACCCGCUCUACUACAUUGUGAACCCGAGGAUGUGCUACACAGUGCAGUUCCUGGAGCGGGUGCGCACGACGGCGGCGGUGGGGAGGGAGGUGCCUAGCACCGACUUGGCCAACCUCGUGCAGAGGAAGAUGGGGGAAGCGCUCGGCUACGGAUGCACCAUGCUCACAAGGAAGGACAAGUACCUCAUGCUCGCCGGCAACGAUGGCGUCGUCAGAGCCAGCGACAAAUGCUCUGCUCCUCCUGAAGGGAGAAGAGCUCAUUAGUUUGUUCUUGUUAGGCAUUUCUGGUUCUGAUUUAUUUUAAGCAUCAGUUGACUGAGACUUGGCAAAGUCUAAGCAUCAGUCGACUUUUUUUUUGAAAGUAAAGCAUCAGUCGACUGAGACUUGGCAAAGUCUCAUUCGGGUGACGUCAUCCAAUUUAUAGCACAGCCCAUCUUAUUCCCUCA